ACAGCCCCGCUCCCCGGCAGCCGCAACAGGCGGGCCCCCGGCGCUGCUGGAGCGGCCCUCGACGGGUGGAGGAGGCGGCCUCUCCGGGCGGAGCCCGCGGGCCCUUCGCUCAACCCCACGCUGGCAGCCACCGCGGCCCUCAGCCCCCUACACCGAUGCGCAGGAGACAUCCGCUCCAGCCCUCUUCCGGGAGGAAGUGACGCGCCCAGCCAGAUUCCGGGAGGCUGCCGGCGUGGACCGUGGGAAGGCGGGGCUGGGGCUCGGCGGGAGGCCACCCCCGCAGCCGCCCCGGGAUGAGCGCGCCCAGCAGCUGCUGGACGCUGUGGAGCAGCGGCAGCGGCAGCUCCUGGACACCAUCGCCGCCUGUGAAGAGAUGCUGCGGCAGCUGGGCCGCCGGCGCCCGGAGCCGGCUGGUGGCGGGAACGUCUCAGCCAAAUCCGGAGCGCCCCCCCAGCCAGCUGUCUCCGCCAGAGGUGGCUUUCCAAAGGAUGCUGGUGAUGGAGCUGCGGAGCCCUGACCAUUUCUGAGCGGGGUGUCCAAACUUCUCUCCCUCCCCGGGGCUGGUGGCUGGACUCUGAACAACUCCCUUCAACAGAGGGGCCAGUUUUCACUGGCAGUGGCUGGUACUUGGCUCUCAGCCUGGGGUGGCAGCUCCGCUAGCAGCUGAGUUCACUCCUACUUCACCCUGGCUGAAGGCAGCGCUGAGCUUUGAAAUGUAGCCAAUGAAUACCCAGUCUGAAUACCCGGAUUUGGGCUGACCAGCAGCACUUGCCAGAGUAGUCUGGCCUGCUUUCAGGGACCCAGGUGGUAUUACAUGUCCAUUUCAUGCUUUGGGGGCUCCUAGCCCCACAAAACACUUUCAGCAGAGCCUUGAUUAAAAGGAAGCCUGCAGACUCUC